UACCCAUAAUUCUUUGCGUUGUCUGUGCACUGCCAGAGUCGAGAGACAGACAGCAAAUUACUAGUGAAAUACCACAAAUUCAUGCUUAAUUUUUCAAGAAUUCGUACAGUUUUCAAAGUUUUUGUGUAGUUGAUCCAGCCAUGCCGAAGAAUAAAGGAAAAGGAGGCAAGAACCGCAGAAGGGGUAAAAACGAAAACGAAACAGAAAAACGUGAGUUGGUUUUCAAAGAAGAUGGCCAAGAAUAUGCUCAAGUCACAAAAAUGCUGGGAAAUGGUCGAUUAGAGGCGAUGUGUUUUGACGGUGUAAAAAGGUUAUGUCACAUAAGAGGGAAGCUAAGAAAGAAGGUGUGGAUUAAUCAAGGUGAUAUAAUUCUCAUUGGCUUACGAGAUUACCAAGAUGCCAAAGCAGAUGUUAUUUUAAAAUACACACCAGAUGAAGCUCGUAAUCUGAAAACAUAUGGUGAAUUCCCAGAAUCAGUUAGGAUUAAUGAGACGGUCACAUUUGUUGAAGAAGGAUUUGAUGAAGAUAUCGAGUUUGGAGAUGAUAUUAGUUCAGCAGAUGAAGCCGAUCCUGUUGAUGGUAUCUGAUGUCCAACUUGUUCAGUGCAUCAAUCUUCCAUCAAGUACUUGCCAGCUGGACUCGUAGUAUUUUGGUUGGUUCCAUCCCUAGGUAAAAUAUGUUUAUACCUGUUAUAAUUAAUGUCACAUCCAUGUACAUUUUAACGAGUAAUAUUUUGUUAGUCAUGGGUUUGUAAAGCAACAUUUAUGUAUUCAUUUGUAGAAGUACUUGUUGGCAUCAAAUAUCUCUUAAUUUAAAAAUUCUGUAUAUUUUAUAUAGUUUUUCAAUUUUACAAUGUGAAAUUUUAUUUUCAAAGAAAUCACAAAAAAAGUGUAAAAGUGUUAAAUAAUAAAAAUAUUGUAACAUAAUAGGAAA